GGCGCUGAGCCGCAGAUGCUGCUAAACAUCCUACUGCAAGAUCCUGCAGGGAAAAAGCUGUCUGUGACACCCCAAAUCCUUUCUCUCUUCUUCCUUCAAACGUUGACUAAGACAUUGAUCAUUCACCAGACAAUGCUCUACGUAUAGCGGUCAUAUUGCAAUCAAGCAAGCCCUUGCCGCACUCCUGAUUACCAUCUCACCCAAGCUGGAGUCACUGGCCUUCUACCACAUCGGCGAGUACGACACCGCCGCUCCAUGUUUCUGUCUUGUGACUCUACUUCGUCGGGCAGGCCGGACCUCCAUUCCGCUCCCUUUCCUCCAGAAUCUCCGGAAAGUCACCUUCCUUCCCGACCACGACUCGCCCGACAACGACGGUUUGCAUUACAUCCUCGAGUCGUAUUACCACCGCAUCAACCUCGUGCGGCGGCUGCCGGCGCUCACAUCCGUCGCCUUCACGCUCGCGACAUGGAACAACGAGGCCGGGAUCUCUCCUCCCCCGAGCUCUUCGAAUUUCAGCGAGCUAAGCUUCACGCACUCCUGAUGCACGAGGCAGAUCUAUGCUGCCUCAUUGAUUCCGCCAAGGCAUUGCGCAAGUUCACCUAUACCAUCGGCGGACGAAUGCUUCCGGAGGGCGGUAAGAUAACGGUCAACGUGUCGCCGCUUGUCCGCAGUCUGUGGAGACAUCGGUUAACCCUGGAGGAACUCGAUCUCGACGUCGAGGAUAAUGUGUCGUGGGGGGAGGUUUACGGGGCGGAGGGGCUGGAGCUCACUACCGAGGAGCUUGACCACGAGGACGACGAAGAGUACCAGGAAGCCUGGGCGGAAGAGCUAACGACGCUGGAUGUGGAUCUUAAACCGCCGCCAGCGGAUAUCUCGCUGGCUGACUUUCCGAAGCUCCUGAAGCUGAGUCUGGGGCCCCACACGCUCUGCUUUUUGGCCAGGGGCAUAGGCCCGAGCCGCUGGAGAGGUGAACCUUCCUCAAGCUUCUCCCUUGUAGAUCGUCUGCCCCGUCGCCUGGAGGUAUUACGGAUCUACGGACGGGGGGAAGAAGGAGACGACCCUUGGUCGACGAGCGAAAUCUGUUCGCCGGAUUUGUACGUCGACGCGGAACUGGUGAGGCUGAUGGCGGAAAAGCAGGGGAAACUUCCGACACUGAAGGUGGAUGGAUUCGCGGAGGUCAUUUCGCGAGGGAGAGAUGUCCCUGACUGGGCUGGGGAAGAUCAUCCGCUGGUGUGGAAGCAGCCUGUGGGGUGGGCUUGCUGAGGUUCUUACUUAGUUACUGGUUGCGGAAAUCAUGGCGUGGGACUGGUUACUGAGGCCGAUGCAUCAAGAGGCGCGGUGCUCCGAGGGGCGCGUGGGUUCCACUUAUGGUCAGCUCAAUUCACUGCAGUGACCCUGAUAUCUUCGCUACCAUAUGAUUCGCGAGUCGUAGUCACUGUAGCCCCUUCCCAUUAUGGACUUACUAAUAUAGAACCUCAUAUUCGAUAUUC